AUGGCGACCCACAUUAUGGCAACCCACACGAUGGCAACCCACACGAUGGCAACCCACACGAUGGCAACCCACAUUAUGGCAACCUACACGAUGUUGGCCUUUGCUUUGGAACAACAUAACGAAGAAGACAACAAUGAACACGAUGAAGAAGACAAUGAAGAACACGACGAAAAGGACAACAACGAACACGACGAUAAUGAAGAACACGACGAAGAAGACAACAAUGAACAUAACGAAGAAGACAAUGAAGAACACGACGAAGAAGACAAUAAUGAACACGACGACGAGGACAACAAUGAACACGUCGAAGAAGACAACGAAGAACACGACGAAGAAAACAACGAAGAACACGACGAAAAGGACAACAACGAACACGACGAUAAUGAAGAACACGACGAAGAAGACAACAAUGAACAUAACGAAGAAGACAAUGAAGAACACGUCGAAGAAGACAACGAAGAACACGACGAAGAAGACAACGAAGAACACGACGAGGCAGACAACAAUGAACACGACGAAGAAGACAACGAAGAGAAGAAACAGAGAAGAGGAGGGAGGAAGAAAUGUACAAAAACGUUCCACCGAUGUUUAUCAUGUGGGUGGACGUACACUUAG